AUGUCUUCUGCGACGGAUCAUCUUCCAAGCCUAGAGGCACGCCGUCUGCAACUCGAAGAAACCGUCAACCAGCUGCGGAAAGCCCUGCAACACUGGCAGGUCUGGGAUGCCGAAUAUGAAGCACUGAAGGAAGAAGUCGCCGCUGCCUCGGACGGCACAAACGAAGAGGACGAGUUGCGCCGCAUUCAUGACGACUUUGAAGGCGAGCUGCUCCAUGGAAAAGAACUCGACGACAUCUUCGGCCUGCGAGAACAGCGUCCCAAGGAACAACUGCUCAACAUGCUGCAGCGGAGGAUAGACUACGUCGCCAGGAAUAUCAACAACUUGCAGAAGCAGUUGGAAGUAGCCGAAGACGACUACGACACCGCCGUCAUCGGCCAAGCCGACGAGAUUGACGAAGGUGCCGAGCCUAUAACCGAAAUUGUCGAAGAGUUGGAUGAUGACGACAACGUUGUGUCCUAUCGACUGAACCAACCCAGCGCUUCCGUCCCACAGAUCAGGAAGGCGCUCGAAAAAGCUGGCAUCGAAGACGUCUCUGAUGCAGAGCAACAGCAACGCCAACAGCAACGCCAACAGCAACAACGGCAUGCUCCGGGAGCAACCUCCUCGUCCAAGAGCGAUGCCGAGGCCAAGCCCGCAACUUUGUCGGAGAAUGGCCACCCCCAACCUGUUCUGGCAGCGAAAAAGACGGCGGCCUUUUCUGAUGACACGCCGAUGGAGGACCUCUCCACGCCUACUCCUGCACCUGACGUCGCGCGGAGGAUACAGCGGGUGCAGCAGAUCAUGAAGACGGCCAAGGAGCAGGAGGACAUAAGCAGGGAGACCCCUGUGAUACCGGAAGAUGACGAUCCUUACGAUGCCGACCUGCGACAGCAGAUGCUCAAAUACUCGGUCGGCGAAGUCGGCGCCGUUGUUGCCGAGCUGCAGCUCGAAGGCAGCGACGCCGAGGAUGAUGCCGAGGACGACGGCUUUGACUAUGGCGACGGCGAGCUCGAGGAGGAUGAAUACGAAAGCGACGACGAGGACCGGUGGGGGCGAUCCACGGGCCGCAUCGUGACCGACGACUAUCGCCAACGCAUGCUCGAGCUGGAAGAGAGGCUCGGCAUCAAGUCGCGUUUUACCCAGCAGAACGAAAGGGACGAUGGCUCCGACGAUGGCUCCGACGACGACGACGAAGGGAUCGGCCGCAUAGUCGUCAAGCGCGACGUCACCUCGCAUUCGGCAUCCGCGCCUCCGCCCCCCAAGUCGAGCAUCAAGGACAAGCAGAGCAACGGCAAGGGCCAAAAGGGCGUUCGGUUUUCUCCGAGCCUCGACAUCGCUCCGGAUCAUGAUGGCCUUGCUGCUUCCUCGGAGCGGAGGGAGGAGCCCCGCGUUGAACCUCUCGGCGACAUUGUGGAGCGAGUCGGUCCCCCGCAGCCGACUGCUACACGUCGUCCUCCAUCUCGCUUCAAGAAGGCUCAGGCCGAAGCUGCUGCGAGUGGAGACAUUCCCAAGGGUCCCCUUGAUGUUCCGCGACGCUUCCUCGAUCAGGAGCGAGACGCUCGGGAGGUGCCUGCGGGCCCUGAAGGGACAACUCUGGCGGACAAGCUGGUCGAAAGGGAGCCGAGUUUCGACGUUGCGCCCCCGGACGAAUUUGGCGAUUCCAUCGACCACAACGCUGUCGCUGAUGAGUACCACCGGAUGCGCAAUAAGUUUAUCCAACGCCAGGGCGGGUUCCUGGUAGAAGACGAGACUCCCACCCGGGUCCGAGACGAGACUGGGAGGGAACCAGAACCCAUGAGCCGAUUCAAGGCAGCACGACUUUCCCGCCAGUAA